AUGGAGAGAAUCCAGAUUAAAGGGAGAGACGAAGCAUGCCCACCAGUUUCGUCAUCUCGAGACCUCGACAUCGAUGAAGAUGUCGAAGACAUCCUUUCCGACUCACUGGGAUCCAUGUUUGGCCUCCAGCCAAUAAACGUGGGAUCUCCAGGAUCUCCCUUCACGUACCACUAUACCGGCAUCCAGGGUUCCUCAAACUAUCCGCCCACAACAAUUACCCUUCGCACUCCAGACACCCAGGCUGCGAACUGGAAUCUGCACGCUUCUUCCAUCUGGGUGUCUGCCCUAUAUCUGGCUGAUCACAUCGACCGCCUUGACUUACCCGCCCAUCCGUAUUUCACCGCGGAUCCCACCGUCUCUCCCCUCCGCAUCCUCGAGUUGGGGGCUUCAGCCGGCCUUCCUGGGAUCCUGACUGCCAAGCUGUUCCCCAGCGUAUCUGUCACCGUAAGCGACUACCCUGAUGACCAACUGAUCAAGGCGUUAUCUGGUAAUGUAGCCCUCAACGAUGUCGAACGGAAUUGCCGUACGAUCCCCCAUGGAUGGGGAUCGGAUGUUUCCGAACUCCUCGACGGCGGGCUCGGCUUCGAUGUCAUUCUCGCUGCUGAUACCCUGUGGAAUUCGGAAUUCCAUCCCCUGCUAGUCGGUUCCAUCGCGAAGGCUUUGAGACCGUGUCCUCAUGCGAGGGUCCAUCUUGUCUCUGGGCUACACACGGGGCGGUACGCGAUCCAAAGCUUUCUACGGAGGGUUCAAAGCGCGGGCUUGGCCGUGGACAGCAUGGCAGAGUACGAAGCCAAAGGGACCACCGAACGUGAGUGGGAUGUUGAACGAGAAGGGGAAGAUGACGGUGAACGUCGACGAUGGGUGGUUUGGACGGUCCUCAAGUGGAGCUCGCUCAACUGGUCUCACGAUCAAGGCGAACAAUUACAAUUGUGUUGCCGCAAGAGUGGUGAGUACGACGCGCGCUGA